GUAGUGGUGGCGGUUGGCAAUUGGCAGGCAGGUUUGUCUGCGGUGUGCGCAGAACCCCAACCCGGCGUGUGCACGGGCGCGGGUGCGGAAGUAUACUCUACUGAGAGUAUGAUACACCCGUAUGCACCAUGAAACGGCGACCUGGACAGUUCCGAUUUCGAAAAUCCCAUUACAUAAAAGCUCCCACCCUGUCUGCUGCACGCAAAAACCAGCAAGCAAUCAAGCAACACAGUCCAGUAGCAUAUGGGACCCUUUGGAGGGGGGGUUGGUGGGAAAGAACGAGAAAAAAAAGAAAAAAAGAAACGGAGGAACCGACUCACAGGGAAUCACUGACAGUCUACUAUUAUACAGCGUCGUGUCGUGUCGUGUGGUCUUGCUGCUGCUACUGCUGCUGCUGACAUAUCAUAGCAUGUCCACGGGGAGACAGCAGGUUCCCAUCAUCAUCCUCCUCCUCCUCGAGAGAGACUCGCAUCUCUACUGUAUGAUACCAACUCACAUCGAUGGUGGGGGAAACCCCGUAUCACCAAUUGGAGCCGGAGGCAAAUCAUCCUCACAUCGGAUCGCACGCACCACUGGAAAAAAAAUAGGCUCCUCAGCCCGGAUGUCCGUAUGUGUAUGUGUAUGUAUAGUACAUAUCUCGCGCGACAGGGUCUCGCUCCAUUUCCGUCCAAGUUCCAGUGCAGAAAUCCAGUUUGAUUGGGUUUUCGGGUAGGCAGGUAGGCAGGUAGGUAGGCAGUGGAUCUCUCCAGCCCCAUCAGCGCGACUACAUAGGUGGGUCUCGCUGUCUCGCUGUCACGCUGUCA